CCGUAACGUCCGUUUUCGCGGUUUCUGGAAUUUCUUCUCGCAUCUUCGCCUAUUUUUAAUUUUCCAACUCUCUUUCUCUGCUUAAGUCGGAGACUGGAGACUGGAGAGGCGAAGGCGCUACCUCUUCUCUACUACUCUACUCUGUGUCGAAAGCAACAGUGAGAGGGUUUUUCCUUAUUAAAGGGUCCGUAGGUCUUACUGCCACUCGCUUCAUCGUUUGCGGAAACGUCGCCAUUUCUAGGGUUUUAUUGAGAUCACUCGUACUCCCUCGGUCCUGGCCGAGUAGUAGCUUAAAGAUCCGAACGAAGUCAGCCUAGUUUGAUAGAUUUGUAUAAAAAAUGGGGUUUCAAAUGCAACCAUACGGGAUUCAAGCAAUGCUCAAAGAAGGCCACAAGCAUCUCUCUGGCCUUGACGAAGCAGUUCUCAAGAACAUUGAUGCCUGCAAGCAGCUGUCCGUUAUCACCAGGACAUCUCUCGGUCCAAAUGGUAUGAAUAAGAUGGUAAUCAAUCAUCUGGACAAGCUCUUUGUCACAAAUGAUGCUGCAACAAUUGUGAAUGAACUUGAGGUCCAGCAUCCUGCAGCCAAGAUAUUGGUAUUAGCCGGAAAGGCUCAACAAGAGGAAAUAGGUGAUGGAGCUAACUUGACGAUAUCUUUUGCUGGGGAGCUUCUACAAAAUGCAGAGGAGCUUAUCAGGAUGGGCCUACAUCCAAGUGAAAUAAUUAGUGGAUACACAAAAGCAAUAAAUAAGACAGUUGAGAUUUUGGAUGAGUUGGUAGAGAAAGGUUCAGAAACAAUGGAUGUCCGGAACAAGGACCAAGUUGUUUCCCGAAUGAAAGCUGCUGUUGCUAGCAAACAAUUUGGACAAGAAAAUAUCUUAUGUCCUCUUAUUGCUGAUGCAUGCAUCCAGGUCUGCCCAAAGAAUCCAGUGAACUUCAAUGUGGAUAAUGUCCGUGUUGCAAAGCUUCUUGGUGGAGGUCUUCAUAAUUCUUCAAUUGUUCGGGGUAUGGUCUUGAAAAGUGAUGCUGUUGGGAGCAUAAAAAGGAUGGAAAAAGCAAAGAUUGCCCUGUUUGCUGGAGGUGUUGAUACAUCUGCGACUGAAACAAAGGGGACUGUUCUAAUUCAUAGUGCCAAGGAGCUAGAGAACUAUGCAAAAACAGAGGAGGCAAAAGUAGAGGAGCUUAUAAAAGCUGUUGCAGAUUCAGGUGCCAAGGUUAUUGUCAGUGGAGCUGCUGUUGGAGAGAUGGCAUUGCAUUUCUGUGAACGCUACAAGCUCAUGGUCUUGAAAAUUAGCUCAAAGUUUGAACUGCGGCGAUUUUGCCGUACUACAGGUUCUGUUGCUCUUUUGAAGCUGAGCCAACCAAACCCAGACGAGCUGGGAUAUGCUGAUUCUAUUUCAGUAGAGGAGAUUGGUGGUGUUCGGGUAACGGUUGUGAAAAACGAAGAGGGUGGAAAUUCUGUAUCUACUGUGGUUUUACGGGGAAGUACUGACAGUAUACUAGAUGACCUUGAAAGAGCAGUUGAUGAUGGUGUAAAUACAUAUAAGGCUAUGUGCAGGGACAGUCGCAUAAUCCCUGGGGCUGCAGCAAGUGAAAUUGAGUUGGCAAGAAGACUGAAAGAGUUCUCUUUUAAGGAGACAGGAUUAGAUCAGUAUGCUAUUGCAAAGUUUGCUGAAAGCUUUGAGAUGGUACCUAAAACUUUGGCUGAUAAUGCUGGGCUGAAUGCAAUGGAGAUCAUUUCCACCCUUUAUGCAGAUCAUGCAGCUGGAAAGACAAAAGUGGGUAUUGACUUGGAGGAAGGUGUUUGCAAGGAUGUAACUGCUAUGGAUAUUUGGGACCUCCAUGUGACCAAGUUCUUUGCCCUCAAAUAUGCUGCAGAUGCUGCCUGCACUGUGCUUCGGGUAGACCAGAUUAUAAUGGCAAAACCAGCGGGUGGUCCAAAGAGAGAUCAGCCUGCAGCGAUGGAUGAGGAUUAGCUUUUGACAGGGUAAUUAAUCAUGAUGUUUGUUGUGCCGGUGUUUGCCAGAUGAGUGGGGUUUUCCUUGGAUUUUGGAGUGCCAAAACCUUCGAUGGAAGAAAAAUUUUGGAUUGUAUUGAAAGGAACAAAUGGAAGUGUGUGUUACAUUUAUGUUCCAGCCCAUGCUCCCUUGUCAUAUUUGCUUGCAACUCAAGUUGGGGAAAUUUCUUUUUUAAUUUUUCAAUUUUGAUGUCUAACCUGCAGUAGUGAACUGAAAACUGAGAAUCCAUUAUUUGUAGGCAGGCUGGCUAACUGUAGUAGUCCUGAAUUCCAAUCAGAGUCUUGUCAUGCAAA